CUUCCAUCCCAAGUUUCUGUCACUGAAAGAGUGAAUGCAGUUUCGGCGUUAUGAUGGAAAAGUAUGGUUCUUGCGUGUUUCGGAGGUCAACGGUUGGUCCAUUUACACGUUCGGUUCGGUUGAAGUAGUGAAAGCAAUCCCACUACCACGAUUGGAUCAUUGUGAAAUUUUUUUGCCUUUCCCUACAACCUUGGCGUUGCACGUCGCGUAUGCACGUCGCGUAUGCUUUUUAAAGAGCCUCGCUCUUUCUCGACGUUGUUCUACCAUCGCACCAACACUCCAACCACAUACGAUCGUUACAAUCAAAUCUGUACCGUAGGUUGUAAUCUGCCCAAAUUAGCAGCGGAACAAGCUAACCCGUCAGUCUGAUAGACAACUGUUGCUGAGCUACUACUCGUUCGAGGCCAGCCAACAUGUCCUCUCCCGCUCCUCGUCCCACGCCCAUCAUGACUGGAAUCGAUAUGUCCGAGUCUGGCGGCGCUCCGCCCGACGAGUCGCCUCAGGCGGAUACUUUCCUUACACCUGGUCCUAGUACAUGUGCGUCCGGCAACCAGUCCACCCCGACGACCACCUCGCCGGACACACCUAUGACAGAUAACUGGGACUAUAAGAAUAUCAAUACUCCCGGAAGCUCGGAGCUAUCGUCAGAGAAGGAGAUAGAACUUUCGGACCACGAGAGCAAUCCGUCCGGCAUGGAGCCCAAGGGCGUGGUGUCAUCUGAAGCCACUGUUGGGCGCACCACGGGUGAAGUCGAGACUGGCCGCAAGCACACGAUCACGCCGCCAGAGCAGGGUCAUGAGAAGCGCGCCAAGGUGAACGCCGUGGAGCCUGAGUUGGACGAGGAGGGCAUCAUCAAGUUGCCCUUCCAGACUAUCAAGUCGAUCCGUAUGCCGCCGCGCGACGGAACCAGCCCGCCAGAUCCCAAUAGCUCUCCAUAUGGGCCAACGGAGAACCACCAGAACAGCAUGAUCAUCUAUUGGCUUGAUGAGCAAGACAAGAGCUAUACCGAGGCCACUCGACUGUUCGGCGAGAUGUUCCCGCGGAGUAAGGCGGUGGAAGAGGCGAUCCGUCGGCGGCACAUUCGGGCGUUGCAGCGACUCGCUAGGAAGUACGGCGUAAAGCCUCUUGAGGAGAUCCAAGGUCCGAUUGGGAAGAACACCUUGCGACGAGGCAAGAAACGCGCUCUUAAGGUAUCGAAGAUCGAUGGUGAGGCGAACAAGGAACGCGUCAAGCUCAAUAUCACCGCUGCCGAUCCUGUUCGGAACGUUGGCGGCGUUCGCGAGAUGGCCGCUCAAGAUACUCAAGUCGCCCAGGAUGAUAUCUCCCAACCAAAGUACGCGCGAAACACGGCGAGCUAUCUAGGACAAGGCCACAAGGUAAUCGAGAAGGCUGCAAUUGUCGUCUGGAAGGAUCUUGAGGGUCUCGAUUUCAGGGACAUCCGGGAUAGGUUGGACGACAAGUACCACUGGUCUCUGGGCCGAGGUACCGUCGAGAAGUACUAUCAUCUGACGCGGUCGAAGGUGUACGGUGCGAUCCUCGAGGCCGCUCCCUACCAUGAGGGUGGUGACCAGCGGGGCGAGGCUACGAUGAAACCGAAGCCAGACGGUGCAGGCGAUGACACCGGAGAAGCCACGGUUAGUACUCGGUUCCCGGCGGCGAAGGUCCAUCGUCGGCGGCCCUUCUAGUCACGCAUUCCAAUGGCAUAUCCAAGGUAAGCAGUCUGAUGCUAUGGUUCGGCACAUUGCUGACUUCCGGAGUACAGCGAACAAUUGUCUCAGGAUGUUCCUUUGGUAAACGUGAUAGCCAAACGCAUUCAUGAUGUGCUGGCUGCAAACUGAUUGCCGGAGAUGUGAUCUUGGUGUUGAUGGAG